UUCUCUGAAAUACUGAUGUUGCUGCAGGUUGGGAUAAUUGCCCUUCUCACCUUGACAGGAUUCACAGUCUUUCUGAUUUUCUUUGUUGCUGCUACCAUCAAUGCCAUUGUCAUUACUCUUCUUAUGUCCUUAGCAGCAGCAGGAGGAUUCUUGGCUCUUUUCUUUGCUUGUGUUGCUUCCAUUUAUAUUGGGGCAUUAAUGGUAUCCGUACUCGUCAUUUCUUCCGCAACAGUUUUAGCCAUCUUUGCCGUUGUUAUAGUUACAGGUUGGAUUGGAUUCUUUUGGAUGGUGUGGGUGGCAUCAAAGAAAAGCAUAGGCAUAGCCAAGCAUUCAGUAUACAUGACAGGAUCAGCACUUUCAGUGUAUUCUCCUGCUCAGCGCCAUCACGAGUAGAACAAAUCAGGCUCUAGAGAUGAUGUUUAGAUGGACUUCGCCGUGUAUGUGUUGUAACUUGGUUUUGUGUGUAUUAAAAUUGCCCUCUUUGACAGUACCAGAUGUAUCUUUAUGAUUUGUGUGCUAUGUAGCAUUGUUCAUUUUGAAAUAUCCUGUAUAAGACCAGUCGAUUCUUUAUAAAUAAAAUAAGCUUUUAAAUGUUAUGUGACCUUAA